AUGACAAAUUUAGACAAAAUUACUCUGGAAUACUUUGAGCCAGGACACACUUUUAUGGCCGCCGAUGUUGUUCAUACUGCAAUUACAAAGAAAUUGAAAUCUAUGGGUCAAGUCUACGAUAUAGAUGAUUUUAUAUUCAAUAUCAAAAGUUCACGAAAAAAGAUGCAAUUCGAUUUAUUAAGUCACAAACAAAUGAUCAUAUUCAGUAAUGAUUCCAAAGCAGCAUUCCCCAGAGGGUAUAAUAUACAUAACCUGAAAGUCAUAGAAUUCAGAAGAAAUGAAUUAACAAUAUUUGUCAAGAAUGAUUAUAACGCAGAUUUUAAUGAGAUAUCUUUUUUGAAAAAGAAAAUAGAACUUGAAUUGUGGAAAAAAAUUAGAAAGGGUGUAACUGAUCUUUUGGAAUGGAUACCUAAAGAGACUGAACCUAGAGGUGGUACACUUAUGAAAAAAUGGAAAAGCAUUCGGGACAAUUAUCUUAGGGAGUCUAAGAGGCAAAAAAAGCUUCCAUCUGGAUCUGGAUCUUCCAAACAUACGCCAUAUGUGUAUUACAGGAAAUUACAAUUUCUUGCGAAUUCUACAGCAUAUAACGACACAGAGAGCAAUUACCAAUCUUCUGGCACAACUGGUUCAGAUGUAGAUAAUAUUAUAGACAAUGCAGACUUGAUGCCACCUCCUAAAGAUCAAAUGGAAGGCCCAAGGAAAAGACAGAAAAUAAAUGCUGUAGAUAAACAAAUAGUCGACAUUUUACAGAAAAGUUUAAAUGCAAGGGAACAAAAUGAAAUGGGGCGACUAACUAAAGAAGACGAUGAUAAACUAUUCUGUUUAUCAUUGUACAGUGAAUUAAAAAAAGUGCCCAAAAAUGGACGCUUAACUACAAAGAUUGAAUUACUCAAUGUCAUUAAAGAAGCACAGAAUUAUCAUCAAUCAUUACCACUAGAAACUAAUCAUCACCAAUACACAUAUUCUACACCGACACAUUCUGGAUAUACUACUGCUAGACCCUCAACAACACAACAGUGGUCUACCACGCCGCCACCACCACCGUCAUCAUGGUCACCGUCACGUUCAGCCUCCAGCCAAGAUUCAGACAACUUAGAUUUAUUUGAAUAA